AUGGCCUCAUGGUUCCAGCUGUGUUCCGGGGCUCAGGCUUGGUGCCACUUGCCUUGUCAGGCCGAUCUUCAACGCAAGGUGGAUGCGCUUGAGGCUUCUUUGCUGGCGUACGACACUCGCUUGCAAGAGAUGCAGUGGCAGAUUGAAGAACUCACCCGUCAGGUCUCUGAUCUGAGGGUUGCGUCUGCUCACGCCUCCGACGAAUGCCGGCGGGAGGUGGGGGAUGCUGACAAGGAGACGACAAAGACUGCCCCAGCAAAGGUGAAGAAGGAGCAAAAGAAGGAGACGACAAAGAUUGCCCCUGCAAAGGCGAAGAAAGAACCAAAGAAGGAGGCGACAAAGAUUGCCCCGGCAAAGGCGAAGAAAGAACCAAAGAAGGAGUCAAAGGCGACGAUGAAGAACAACGCGCAAGCAAAGACAAAGAAGGGAGCAAAGAAGCCCACGAGGGAGCAAGGCUCCGAAAGCGGCUUCAACGAUGGACCUCUUCGUCUUGCCUGGGCGUCUGCCGAACUGCAAGGCUGGCGAAAGUCCAUGGAAGACUCCCGGAUCGUCUUGCCCCAAGCAACGACCUGCAGCAACUUGAACGGCGUGGCCUGGGAGCAGGUUGCCAUCUUUGGAGUCCUGGAUGGGCACGGUGGGGCGCAGGUCGCGAGGUUCUGCAGCAAGCGCUUGCCGGAGGAACUCGUCAAGUUCCCCAUCAGCGAUGGCCCACACCAGGGCACAGAGCUGGCGGAAGCCCUGCGAGGAGCCUUCAGCAGGAUCCAGCAAAUGUUGGAGGGCGGACAGCAUGUCGAUGAGCUCGAGCAGUUGGCAAACCCUCCCUCUCCGAAUUCGGCCCGUUUCGCGAAGCUGCUACCACUUGGCGACAGCCAAGCAGUGCCAGGUGGCUCCACCGCAUGCAUCUGCUGCAUCACCGAGACACAGAUCAUCACGGCCAAUCUUGGCGACAGUCGCGCGGUGCUUUGCCGUGGUGGGCGGGCCAUUCCGCUGACGAAGGACCAGAAGCCAGAGAAUGCUGCUGAAAAGCAGCGGAUCGAGGCUGCCGGUGGGUGGGUAACGUGGCGGUCUGGGCAGUGGAGGGUGAACGGCGACCUCAAUUUGUCCCGAGCCCUAGGCGACCUCGAAUACAAGGGUCUCAUCAGCGCAAUCCCGGACAUCACCAUCCACGAUCGCAGCCCAGAAGAUGAGUUUCUUGUCCUAGGCUCGGAUGGCAUCUUCAAUGUCAAGACCGACCAGGAGGUCGUCGACGCUUUCCGCAGAUCCGAGCAGCUCCUUGAGGAUGCAGAGACGCUUUUGAAGAACUGCGUCCCGGGAGGCGACAAUGUGUCCGUCUCUGUUGUCUGCCUCAACUAA